AAUCAUUUCUUCUCCUUUAAAUACUUGUUUGCUCUCUGUUCGUCUCGAGAAGAAGCCGAAGCCAAACAGCUCCAAAAGCCAAGCUCUCACCGGCGCUCCAAUCGAUCUGAACGACGAACUCUUGGCAGGGAGGGAAAAUAAUUCCGCUUCCAGUUUCAUUUCCCGGCGAUCUUUCCACAUUCUCGCACUUCCGCUGUCGAGUGAUUCAUAUUCUCAAUUGAAGCAAUGAAGCCAGGAAAUUCUAGUUUGAACCCAUAUGCAGCCUCGUAUAUACCUCUUUUUAGGAGGGAGGUAGUUGAACAUACUCAGUCUCCAGGAAUGGUUGCAAAAGCUCCACAGAGUGGCAAUCGAAAUGUGUGGUAUGGACCUGGUUAUGCCGCUGAGAACAGGCAGCAUGGGGUAGCUUCUCCAAUUACUUCAGCCUCGACAGAGAGCCACUAUGGGCAUGGAGUCUAUGGUUCAUCAUCACAACUUCAUGAUGGAAGAACCAAUAAGCAAAUUAUGGAUGAAGAGUCUGACUUUGAGUUGGAAUUUCUACAGAUGACGUUUCCUGGUGUAUCUUCCGAAUCACUUAUGGAUGUGUAUGCAGCUAAUAAUGGAGACUUGGAAAAUACUGUUGACAUGCUUAACCAGCUUGAGGACCUACCACAACUGUUUGUUGACAUUCCUCUCCCAGAUUCUCUGGAUAUCUGGGAUGUUUCGGAGCCUGCGUCGCCAGUGAAACAGAAGAACGCCGUAGGUGAAACCAGUGCCUCUUCAUCUGGUUCCUCCUCUGUCUCGGGCCCCGUAGUCUCAACAACCUGAUUCAUUUACUUGGGGACAAAAACAGAGCAAGUGUUGAAAGUGUUGUUCAAUCUCUUUUGUUUCACCCCAUUUAUGUGGAUAAAGGAUUGGUACAUAGAUAGAGGAAUUCUGGGUUAAAGAGGGAAAAACUACAUAGAAUAUGUUGUGGUACAGAGUUUGCCCGGGUGGUUUUCUUUUGCUUGGAUUCACAGGCAUACAGGUUUCAGGUGUUGAAUCUUCCUAACUGGAAGGUUGGUCAUUUUGGGUUCUGCAGUUUUCAGUGUUCUUCGGGUUUGCUUCCCGAUAGGGUGUAAAAACCGUCGAGGAUGACAGUGGAUGGUUUGGCUGUUGUAAGAGCAGUGCCGUGUUUGGAUUAUACAUAGUAAAGUGCUGAAAGAUUUCCCAUGCUAGCCCACGCACUAUCUGACAAUAAUUUCUUUUAAUCGUAGGUCAUCUCUCAUUUGA